GGCUCCAGUGCAGUUUGAUCCAGUUCCAGUAAAAUGGCCAAAUACUUCUUCUUGUUGCUUGUUUUGGCGGGACUUGUCGCAGUCCAGGGUACCCGAGGCCUUCGAGGCCAUAGGCACAGAGGAUCCCACCAUCUGCUUGGAGCCAGCAGCCUGAUUGGUCUUGGAUACGGACUCGGAGCGGGAGGAUACUAUCCGUAUGGAGCAGUACCGUCAGGACUAUAUGCAACGCCAUUACACUAUCCCCUGUAUAACGCUCACUACGGACUGAGUCACGGAUACGGACACGGUUAUGGCUAUGGACAUAAGCCCAAACAUGGAUUCCAUCUUGGCUAUGAAGUCGGAUACCAGGGCAAGCUCGGAUACGUCAAGCUGAAGCGAGACAACCUGAAAUCUCUUCAAGUUGCAGUCGGUCUUGGUCAGGAACAGCCAGCAUACUACGGUUAAAUCAGAUGUGAACUGGAUUCACAUUAUCAACUGUUGCCGAUGAUUCACACGACCCGGAACGACGCAGAGCAAGCGCACAUUUUGUGUUGGCACAAUUAGUCAUUAUAGGAAAGAUCAAAGUGAAGCUCUGCCAAGUUCACCGUUGGUCUCAUCUAUCUGUCACCUGUUGGCGUGGUUGUUUUAAACCCCGUUGCAGAACCAACCGAUGAAACGAUAAGCCCUGCUCGAUGUAACAACAUUGCCACACCAGUUCUUCCGUGUCGUGUGAUAUGGCAUAAUGCAAAACCAAAAAAAAAAAAGUUUACACGUGUAAGUAGUUUGAACGCACUAAAACCGAUAGUUACUAAGCAAUCAUAGGAAGUAAGAGUGUGGCAAACUGUGGAUUUUGUAUGCAUCAGUGAACUCGAAACCGAGCAGCGUUGGUGUUUCUAUAUUUAAGCCGUAGACUUAUU